UGACGUCAUGUCAUCUUCUGCUUUUGCGUGACGUCACGAGUUAACAGGAAGGUGCCGCUCCGCCCGUGCACUGAAAUCCGAGGCCACGCCCGCGUUGAGCUGCUAUACCGCUCUUCUUUUCAAAAGCGACCUGCCCACAACAACAAGAAUUGGUCUGAUGGAGCAAAGGCACACGGCACGGCUCGGUACGACAAUGCAACAAUGCGACCGGUGUGCAUACAGCACGGAUCGUACUGGAAAUUUGACCUUGCACCAGAGAACUCACACAGGAGAGAAACCCUUCAAGUGCAGCGUGUGUGGGAAGGCGUUUUCACAGUCAUCUGCUCUUGUAACACACCAGAGAACACACGUGGGAGAAAAACCCUUCAAGUGCAGUGUGUGUGGGAAUGCGUUUGCACGGUCAUAUACUCCUGUAGCACACCAGAGAACACACACGGGAGAGAAACCCUUCAAGUGCAGUGCGUGUGGGAAGGCGUUUACACAGUCAUCUUCUCUUGUAGCACACCAGAGAACACACACAGGAGAGAAACCCUUCAAGUGCAGUGUGUGUGGGAAGGCGUAUGCACAGUCAUCUAAUCUUGUAAAACACCAGAGAACACACGCGGGAGAGAAACCCUUCAAGUGCAGUGUGUGUGGGAAGGCAUUUGCACAGUCAUCUGCUCUUGUAAUACACCAGAGAACACACACGGGAGAGAAACCCUUCAAGUGCAGUGUGUGUGCGAAGGCGUUUGCACUUUCAUCAACUCUUGUAGUACACCAGAGAACACACACGGGAGAGAAACGCUGCAGGUGCAAUGUGUGUGGGAAGGCAUUUUCACAUCCAUCUGCUCUUAAAAAACACCAGAGAACACACACAGCAGAUAACCCCUUCAAGUGCACUCUGUGCGGGAAGGCGUUUUCAGAUUCAUAUAAUCUUGUAACACACCAGAGAACCCACACGGGAGAGAAAGCCUUCAAGUGCAGUGUUUGUGGGAAAGCGUUUGCGCAUUCAUCUACUCUAGUAGCACACCAGAGAACACACACGGGAGAGAAACCCUUUAAGUGCAGUGUGUGUGGGAAGGCGUUUGCACAGUCAUCUCCUCUUGUAGCACACCAGAGAACACACACGGGAGAGAAACCCUUCAAGUGCAGUGUGUGUGGGAAGGCGUUUGCACAGUUAUCUACUCUUGUAGCACACCAGAGAACACACACGGGAGAGAACCCAUUCAGGUGCACUCCGUGUGGGAUUGCGUUUUCACAGUCACCACAUCUUCAAAGACACCAGAGAACACAUAAGCACCAGAAGAUCCACAAGGAGUGGAGUCUGAAAUCAGCUUGUGAAAGUCAACGUGCCACAAUGAGCCCAUCCCUCACGAAACAAGAACCGGAAGAAAAUCCCAGCUUGGACACUUUUAAAGGUAUUGAGGUGAAAUAUGAAGAGGUGAAGGUGAAAUGUGAAGAAGUAAUGGUGAAGAGCGAAGAAGUGAAGGUGAAAUGUGAUGACGAUUCAACUCCAAAAUCGGACCUUCACAUCGAUGGUGGCAACGUGAAGCAGGAGGAGAAUUCUGAGGCAGAGCGAGGCAGCUCCCAGCAGUUUGUGGAAGUGGAGGUGUGGGUGGACUUCCUCCAAGACAAUACAAAGUCAAAUGGAGACCCGGUAGAUGUGUAGCCUGAGACGAUGUCGCUCCAAUAGAUGCACCUUUGUCACAGGCCUUUAAUGAAAAGAAUGUGAACUUGAACACUCAACCUAGGUGCAACCUGCAGAGUAAGAGCGGCCAGUCUUUGUGGACCUGUGGGUUGGGUAGAUCUCUAACCAGGAGCGAGAGCCAAUAAGCUCCCAAGCAUUCACUAUGUUAUCAAUUGCAUUUCCAUGGUGCUUGCUUAAUCACCUGGGAAAUUCGGAGUUUUGCAUCGUAUCUCAUCUGAAACACUCGAAGAGCAUCCCCAAGUAGCAGCUCCCCUUGUGUGGCACAAGGUGGUGGCCCUGCACAGGCCUGCAUGUGGACAAGAGCCUGUCAGUAGGGGGCGAUGGUUGAUGUGGCAUCUCAGUUGUGUAGUUUGUAGGUACUGUAAUGCUUAGAAUUUGCAAAAUUUUUACCCAGACGCCAGCAUGCAAUGGCCUACUCGUUUUGAAUGGCGCAAUAGUAUGUUGUACACACUGUUAAGCAGAUGGUGGUAUUUUUUACACGCUUUUAUAAACUCACUCUGUUGUCGUAUCCUCAGAUCUUGUAACUCAAUUUUUACCCACUUCCCAAUGUUUUAUCGACUGCAAACUUGGUAUAUGUAUGUAUGUCAUACUGACGACAAUACUAUAUAAUAUUUUUUUAUGUUACGUUUCGGAUUGGGUCUAAUUACACGCUUUUUGUCCAUGCUCAACUCACAUUGGCUGUAAAUCACCACGGUCCCUUACGUUAUGGCAAGCUUCGGGGCCACUUCCUGGAGUCGUGGAGUUUUGCCAUUACUCGUACGGUACAUUUCAUUAAAGCGUAUUUUACAAUGUUACUUAUUGUGUUGUUAAUGGCGUGGCGGAGACACGCGGCCCGCGGGGCGGAGC